AUGGAUGACUCUGGAGAACUGUUCGUGCAAAAGUGUAACAUAUGUGGUGCAAUUAUCGGCGGAGAACGCUUCAACUGGCUCAAUGAAUUCCGCGCUGUCUACACCGUGGGCAAGACAUUUAGAGGGCGGGGUCCCAGAUGGUCUUCCCUCCGUUUAUCUGGCGUCGGUGUCAGAUCGAGGGAUGACGUGUAUAACCAUACGGCAUCACCGCCGAUUGAUCCUCAGCGACGAUACGACGAUGAACAGAAUGGUGUAGCCACAUUGUCGAUCAAGGACAUGUGCCCUCCAUUACUUCCGCCGCCACAUUCGUCCGUAUCUCCGCAAAGUAGCGUCGAUACUCGAGGUAGCUGCUAUGGUUAUCUCUUUCAUGACGCUUGCUGGACAUUGUUGACGAAAGCACUCGCCCCGGCCGAGGUCAAUGUGUGGGCUAUGUACAAUUUCUGCAACUCCUUCCCGUCUAGGUCCGGGUUGGUCAACUGGGGUCAUGAUUAUGGAGGAAUUUUUGACAUGUAUCCCAACACUCUACCUGGGGGUACCCCCCGGCCACAAGUUUAUAGAAGGAUCCAGAGGACUGUUGCAAACGGCUACUCCGCAGACGAGGUAUUUCACGCUGACCCUCUUCGCAUUCCCUUCCUCGAUUUUCUUCGGAAUGGAACAGCAAUGGGCAAGCAAGGCGAUGGCAGUAUUGGAUCAUCCACAGGCUUCUCUUCGAUUUUCGUAUCCAGAAGUUCUCGGAGUAGUGACGCAAACGACUGCUUUAGCGUACUCCCUCCUGAACUCCGGCAAAUGAUACUUAGCCUUCUGGCAACAGCGGAUGUGUUAAACCUUUUCCUGGCAUCGAGGACCUUCGCGAACUCCCCACUUCUACAGAAUUUCUGGGCUUCAAGGUUCUUCGGCACCUUUGAAUUCUCCUCAAUAUUUGAAGCAAGACAAGAUUCUGCCGCAUCACCACGCUCUCGCGAUUGGAGAUCCCUUUUCCAUUUCCUUCGGAGGCACACUCACAUGUUAAAUUUCCAGAACCGCAAAAGGAUUUGGGAGAUCGUUCAGCCUCUGGCGGAUAACCUCACUCUCUUUUCCACUGUAACGAUUCGUGGAAAUCUUCCUUCCGCACUUGAUGGUAAGUUGAAAUGGAAGAACGCUAGAGCCUCCAUGAGAGAACUAGGCGAUGACUCCUUUGCCGGCGAUCGAGUUCUGUUCAGUCGCACGGCAGAUAUUUCACCUAGUAUUGUUGCAAUCCGCGUUUCAACGAUUCGUUUUGGUGAUUGUGAUUUCGUUACUGGGCUCUGUUUCGUCGAUGCUAGUGGGACGGGAAUUGAAAUAGGCUACACUCUUCCUGGGAAUGAAACAUACAUCGACCUCCAUGACGACGCAAUGUCAGAUAGUAAAAGCUGCUCAUUUUGUGGGUUCUACUUCUCCAUUGGCACCAAUGGGGUGCGAGCAUUAUCCGCAGUAAAGGCAUCGGGCAACAGGUCUCCUUGGGUGGGUUCGCCCCAUAAUAUUCCACAAAUGCGCCUGCUUUCGAUUCCUAGCAACAUUAGGAAGAUAAAGGGAGAAUUUGAUGGGCUGAAACUGAUAUCCCUAGGCAUUGGGCUGCAAGAAGAAUAUGAUCCUUCACACUUUGAACCCAGAUCUCUUCGUGACUCCCUACAGUGGUUCCCAGAUAUCCCUCACAAUGAUCUAUGUCUGAACGAGGAAAACUCACACACAGCCAGUUUCUUUGCAAGGCCCCUCUACCCGACAUUCUGGAUACAUUAUGGCGGUGCUCAGGGAGCUUAUCUUUCAAACGUCAUCGCGUUCUCCGUCCUGGCGACCCCCGAAAGGUGCAUGAGGCUCGAAAUCGAGUAUGAUAGGGAAAUCCAGGGAACCAGAAUGCACACCCUUGGAGAUUGCGAUACGUAUCUAGAUUCUCGGCUGGUGGAGGAUGAAAAAGUCACUUUUCGCAUUGAUGGACCAAAUGGGGAAUUUAUUUCGGACGUUCAGGUUGGGAAAUUUUCGGAGAAAUCUAAUCUUUUGAGUUGCUUGCAGAUCAGAACAAAUCGUGGCCGGUCGGCCACUUUUCCAGAUACCAGGGCCGGCGACGUUAAUUUCAUUUCCCUCGUGGCAACCACUGAAAAGAAAAAACACAAUCGCAUCACUGGAUUCUAUGCAAAGACCGUGCCCAGGUUAAGGACCUUAGGGGUUAUUUCGGAGCGCAUUAUAUCCGCCCCUUUACCUCGAAAAUGA